GCAGCACUGAAAAACUCCGAUCAUUUGGGCAACUCAAAUCUUCUUCUCCGACUGAUCCCUUAACCCAUCAAAAUGGUUUUAUUCUUCAAGCGUCUAGCUAGAGCAGCGCCGAUCGCAUUCACCCGCACAUUUCACGGCCAAUCAAAGUCAGCCGCCACCUCCACUUUCGGUAUUCCAUUUGGAGCGAUUGCCGCGAUUUCAGCCGGAGCAUCGUUCUUUUACUACAACUCUUCCCAAAAUUUGGUGCAUUUGGAUCAAAUAAAUGAAGAAACUGGUGUGAGAACUGCUCUCAAUCCUGAUAAAUGGGUUGAGUUUAAGCUUCAAGAAAGGGCAAAAGUCAGCCAUAAUACUCAUCUAUUCAGGUUUUCUUUUGAUCCUUCUGCUAAGUUGGGUCUAGAUAUCGCCUCAUGCCUUCUGACAAGGGCUCCAGUAGGACAGGACGCUGAAGGGAAAACAAAAUACGCUGUUCGACCUUACACACCUAUAUCAGAUCCUGAGCUAAAUGGAUAUUUUGACUUACUAAUUAAGGUUUACCCAGAAGGGAAGAUGAGUCAACAUUUCAAUAGCUUAAAACUGGGCGAUACAGUAGAAGUAAAAGGACCAAUCGAAAAGCUCAGAUACUCACCCAAUAUGAAAAAGCACAUCGGCAUGAUUGCAGGUGGUUCAGGCAUUACUCCAAUGCUUCAAAUAGCUGAGGCUAUUCUGAAAAACCCGGAUGAUAACACCCAGGUUUCCUUGAUCUAUUGCAACGUUUCUCCUGAUGAUAUUUUAUUGAAGAACAAGCUUGAUGUACUUGCAGCCAAACAUCCAAAUUUUAAGGUAUAUUAUACAGUUGAUAAUCCAUCAAAGGAUUGGAGUGGUGGAAAAGGUUUCGUAUCGAAGGAGAUGGUUUUGAAGGGUUUGCCUGGUCCAAGCGAGGACACUCUUAUCCUUGUAUGCGGUCCUCCAGGAAUGAUGAACCAUAUAUCUGGUAACAAGGCAAAAGACUAUUCACAAGGAGAGGUUUCUGGGGUUUUGAAGGAACUCGGGUAUGGCGAGCAGAUGGUUUACAAGUUUUGAUCAUAGUUUUCAAUUCGGGUACAAUUUGGCGCCUGAAUAAAUAAUUGAACUUGGUAGAGAUAGAUGAUUGCUUCUACCCAACUUCAGAUCUUGUUGUGUUUGGUUGAUAGCUUGUUGUUUAUCAAUUGUAUAAACAAACAUCCAAACAAUAAGUUUGGUUUGUGACCAUUAUCACCACUUUUAAUCCUUCAACUCAGAGAGUUACCAUAUUCAAUUUGUUCUCCCAAUUUAUAA